AUGUCGUUUAAUUCGGCUUUACAAGGUGCUCUCUUGCGAAUUGAGAGUCUCACCUACUCGGAUGUGAUAGCUGUUGGACUUGCUACUGCUACUGUGAUCGUGCUCACUCUACCAUUUUGGGAUCCACUUGCUUCAGUCCCAGGUCCUUUCUGGGCUCGCUGGUCGCCUGCAUGGAUGAUCCAUCACUCCCUCAAAGGUGAUAUGCACCGUAAAAUGAUACGAUUGCACGAAAAAUAUGGCACCAUAGUCCGUACAGGCCCUUAUGAAGUGAGCGUCUCGGAUCCGGAUGCGAUCCAAGUCAUAUACGACUUCAUAAAAGCUCAAGCUAAUCAUUUGGAAAAAUCAUCAGGCGCUGGAUCAUUUUUCAAGAAGAGUGACUGGUAUAGUGUGUGGCAAGGCCGACGCAAGUUCGAUCUGUUUGCGGAGAGAGAUGCGCAUGUACAUGGUACUAAUCGUAAGUUUGUCAACUCAAUCUAUUCUCAAAGUCGACUUGCAGAAUUUGAGCCAUAUCUGGAUACUGUUAUCCAUGUCUUUCUUUCUCGUCUAUCGCAGAUGGCAACAAAAAAUAUUGACAUUGGCUAUUGGGCUCAAUUAUUCGCGUUUGGUAAGUCAAUUUUCUAUGGCUCAAGUAAUUCAACUCUAAGAAGUUCUCUAGAUGUAAUUGGUGAACUCACUUUUUCCAAGCGAUUUGGAUUCAUCGAGGGAGGUAGCGAUAAGGGAACAUUCGUUCAGAUUGAACAGGCUCUUCAGUCAGCUUCCUGGAUCGGACAAGUACCGUGGCUUUACUGGAUUCAUGACUGGCUAUCGCCUUGGAUCGGGAAUCAUCUCAAAGUCGCAAAUCGGCACGGCUUGCUGCGCGAAAUAGCCGUAAAAGAGGUGACUCAGCGAGGCUCAACGCAAAGUACUCAUCCCGACAUGUUGGACAAAUUUAUGGACGUCCAUCGCGGCCAGCCAGACAAGUUCGACGAGACAGCAGUGAUGUCGAUGACAGCGAGCAACAUAUUUGCCGGGAGUGACACAACUGCCAUCUCCAUCGGAGCUAUUCUCUAUUAUCUCUGCAAACACCCGCAGUAUAAGGAAGAAUUGCUGAAAGAAAUUGACGCCGAGGCAGAUGCGGGACGAAUUACUCGGACCAAUGUUCCAUAUAAAGUUGCUCAAAACAUGCCUUACUUGCAGUCUUGUAUUCAAGAGGGACUGCGCUGCCACCCAGCAGUGGGAAUGUCUAUGCCUCGAGUUGUGCCACCUGCAGGUCUUGUCGUGAAUGGGAAACGGAUUCCCGGAGGGAUCAUUGCUGGAGCCAAUCCAUGGGUUAUUCACCGAAACAAGGAGAUUUUUGGGGAUGAUGCCGAUGUCUUUCGUCCAGAUCGAUGGCUCGAUGAUGACAUCAGCCAGAAAAAGAGGUUUUUCUUUGCAUUCGGUGCUGGGUCAAGGACUUGCAUUGGCAAAGGUUUGAGCUUGCUGGAGAUUUCCAAGCUUCUACCGUCGAUGCUAUUGGAAUACGACAUUGAAUUUGCUGAUCCUACCUCAGACAUGAUUGAAAAUUGCUAG